GGCGCACUCGGGCGGCCUUUCCGGGCCCUCAGCUUCCUCCGGCCGUCCCGCCCCUCACACUCCCGCCCCCGGCCCCAGUCUGGCCGGGCCUCGCGGCGGCGGCACCAACGGUAGCGUCGAUUGGGCUGCGCCCCGCCGUGUCCCGGGAGUCGGCGCGGCGCGGCAGGAGCAGCCAUCGGCCACGGAGAGCUCAGCUGUCAGCUGUCUCCCAGGAAGAUGCUUCGAGGAUGGGGUGGCCCCAGUGUGGGUGUGUGUAUGUGUACAGCACUGGGAAUGCUGUGCUUCUGCCUCACAGGAGCUGUGGAGGUCCAGGUCUCUGAAGACCCUGUGGUGGCCCUGGUGGACACGGAUGCCACCCUACGCUGCUCCUUUUCCCCAGAGCCUGGCUUCAGCCUGGCACAGCUCAACCUCAUCUGGCAGCUGACAGACACCAAACAGCUGGUCCACAGCUUCACUGAGGGACGGGACCAAGGCAGUGCCUAUGCCAACCGCACGGCGCUCUUCCCUGACUUGUUGGUGCAGGGCAAUGCGUCCUUGAGACUGCAGCGCGUCCGAGUAACCGACGAGGGCAGCUACACCUGCUUUGUGAGCAUCCAGGACUUUGACAGCGCUGCUGUUAGCCUGCAAGUGGCCGGUGACCUUCUACUCAAAAAGCCCAGCAUGACUCCAGAGCCCAAACCUGGGGACCAGGUGACAUCAUAUGCUCCAGCGCCCAGGGCUGUCCCAGAGGCUUCGAUGUUCUGGCAGGGCUCACCGACUGGUCUUGUGAUCGCAUCUUAGAUGACCAAGGAGCAGGGCUUGUUUGAUGUGUACAGCAUGCUUAGGGUGGUCCAGGAUGCUAAUGCCACCUACAGAUACCUGGUACUCAAUUUGGUGUUACAGUAGGAUCGUCACAAUCCACAGAAGCCCCACGGAGGCAUGGAGGUCCAGGUCUCUGAAGACCCUGUGGUGACCCUGGUGAGCAGGGACACCACCCUAUGCUGCUCCUCCCUUGAGCCUGGCUUCCUGGCACAGUUUGAUCUCAUCUGGAAACUAAUAGACACCAAAUAGCUGGUGUGCGUCUUCCUGGGGCUGGGUCCAGGGCAGGCCUAUCCCGGCAGCACAGCAUUGUUCCCUGACCUGCUGGCAUAGGUCAGUGUGUUCUUGAGGGUUCAGUGCAUCCAUGUAGCUGAUGAGGAAGUGGGCAUCCGGGACUUUUGCAAUGCUGCUACCAGCCUGCAGGUGGCAGCGGAAUCGCAGGCAGGAGCAUCCCCCUACUCGAAGCCCAGCAUGACCCUGGAGCCCAGCAAAGACCUGCGUCCAGGGAACAUGGUGACCAUCACGUGCUCCAGUUACCAGGGCUAUCCCGAGGCUGAGGUGUUCUGGAAGGAUGGACAGGGGCUGCCCUUGACUGACAACGUGACCACAUCCCAGAUGGCCAACGAGCAGGGCUUGUUCGAUGUUCACAGUGUGCUGAGGGUGGUGUUGGGUGCUAACGGCACCUACAGCUGCCUGGUACGCAACCCGGUGUUGCAGCAAGAUGCUCACGGCUCAGUCACCAUCACAGGGCAACCCAUGACAUUCCCCCCUGAGGCCCUGUGGGUGACCGUGGGGCUCUCUGUCUGUCUUGUGGUACUGUUGGUGGCCCUGGCCUUCGUGUGCUGGAGAAAGAUCAAACAGAGCUGCGAGGAGGAGAAUGCAGGUGCUGAGGACCAGGACGGGGAUGGAGAAGGAUCCAAGACAGCUCUGCGGCCUCUGAAACACUCUGAAAACAAAGAAGAUGACCGACAAGAAAUAGCUUGACUGGGAGCUGCUGCCCUUCCCAGCCUCAUUUCUCCAGGGACACGAUACAUGAACCAUCCCGCGGCCUUAUUUCAUACGGACACGACACAAAGAGCACUUCACCAAUGUUCCUCCAGAGUCAUCCAGUGGCCUUGUGAUACCGCAUGAACCUUCUUCCUUCUGCCUUACUCCUAACGGACACACACAAACCACCCCCACGUCCUUGCUCCUCCAAAGCCACACAAACUGUGUAAUUGCUAUUAUUCUCCAAGGGACAUCCUGUUCCGAAGAACCCCUGCCUUAUUUCUCUGAAGACCGCUACAUAGUUACUUCUUGGUUCUUUCUCCCAUGGCCCUGACCGAUCCUCAACCUUUGUUCUGAUGAGGGUGAGAUCCCAUCGCUUGGCAAGCCUUCAUCCUGACUCCCCUUCCCUGAUCUGGCCCUGGCUUUGGUUGUCUCCCUCCCUGACUGAGAUGGGGCACACUCCCCAUCCACACACACAGGUCACAGAUACCUGCAGCUGUGCGUGCUGGAUCGCGUGCAUACCUGCCCUGCAUGGUCUCCUCUGGCUGCCCUGGGCUGUGCCCCUUCUCCCCACAGGAAGCAGAUGCUGGUCUCCCUGGUUCUUGGCUCCUCAGGGGGUCAGCCUUCAACCCUGUGCUUCCCCAUGUUGAGAAUCUUUGUUACCUUUCCUUUCUUAGUAAAUUAACAUCUGUUGAACAACCACAGGGUCCAACGGGACUUUCACAGACCCGCCAGCUAGAUAAAUAAUGACACAGAAGUUUAUUAAUAUUUUAAAGCUUAGGCUUUUUUUGCUGGGCAGUCUCCCAACCACUCUAUCCCGAUUAAUCCUGGCACUAUGACCCGCCACGUGGCCAGGUCUACCUCUCUGCUCUAUUCUGAAUAAUCCAUCCACCUCCGUGUCUGCUGGCACAUCUCCCAUUUUUCUCCCAGAAUCCCCAUCUCUGCCCGGAAAUACAACCUUCGACUUCCUGCCCAACUAUUGGCCGUCCGCUCUUAUUAAAGCUGAUCAAAUAUAAUUCUAGAUUGCCUUAGGCGGGUAAGGAAGAAACGUAUUUAUAAAAUAGGAGACCAGUGAUGGGCCAUAGAAAUAACAACACCACAUCCUGCAGGCAUUAAACCUUCUGCUGGUACAGAAUUAACAAUUGAAUAUGCGGAGACACACCUUCAGACUGUACCCCAACAACAGGGGUGAGCAUUGUGCUGGGUACUAGGGUCCUGCCGGAAAAUCAGAGACCUUACCUCCAGUUGGGACAUGGCCUUGCUCCCUACUAUACCCACCUGUACCCACAGCUUCUGGACACCUCACCCUCAGCCCACACUAUCCCUGACCCGGGGCCCAGGGUAGGGCCAGAAGGCUGGAGAAAGCAUAGCCCCUUGCCAUACCUGGAGAACUGGGUAUUUUCCAGAGUCUUUAUAGAUGUGGACUGGAAGGCAGGUGGCCACAACCAUGCAGACAUGGGUAGGGACAGAAACCUAUGCCAUGCUGGGACCUCCUCAACAGCUGGAGCUUAAGGAGGGCCUGAGGACAAGAAGAGCCAUCUCCUUACCAUGGUGCUAUUCUGGAGCUGGGGCAUGUGCCUGGCUUGUCUCUGACAACCCUGGCUUCUGGCAGAACUGAUAUCCUCCUGAAGGCCUUUCUCCCGAUUCAGUACUGGAGAACCUGAGGGUAAUUUAAACAUGGGACUCUGGCCAGGUGUUUAAUCCCAGCACCUGAGAGAGGCAGACGGAUUUCUGACUUUGGAGCCAGCCUGGUCUACUGAGUGAGUUCCAGGACAAGUGGGGCUACACAGAGAAACCAUCUCAAAGACUAAAAAUAAUGAACACGGGACUCUGUAAACCAGGUAUAUUUUGAGAGGAAUAAAUGUCUUUUUCUUUCAAUA